UCACAGCAGAAAUUGAGAGUCUGACUGCGGAGCUUGAGGAACGCGAUAGAAAAAUCAGCAAGCUGACAUCAGACCUGGGCGAACGCGAUGCGAAAAUCAAGGAACGUGAUAAAAAAAUUACCAAGCUCGCAGCAGAAAUACGUAGACUCACUGCGCUGCUUGGGGAGCGAGACUCGAGGCUUCGGAAACUCACUGCAGAACUUGCAAAAUGUGAUGCAACGAUUAGAGUAUUUACGGUGGAGCUCGGAGAGCGGCACACAAAAAUAGGUGAACUUACUGCAGACGUCGGGGACUGCAACAGAAAACUUCGGCAACACGCAGCAGAACUUGAGGAACGGGAUGUGAAAAUCAGGGAAAAUGAAGCGGAGAUAAGGCGCCUUACGGAGCUGCUGGAGGACCGGGAUUCGGAAGUCCGGAAACAGGAUGCUGUCAUUAGAAAAUUGACGGAAGAGCUUGAGGAAUUAAAGGAUCGGGAAGCUGACGAAUCUUCUGAGGAGCUUGAGGAGAGUGAUCUAGAAAGGGACAAACUCACUGAAGAACUCGAUGAAGUCACUGAAGAACUUGGGGAACGUGAUAAAAAAAUAGAGGAAAUCACGGAAGAGCUUGCGGAACGGACCGCACGGAUGGGUGAACUCACCACAGAGCUGGGAGAACGUGAUAGCAAAAUUGAUGAACUGUCUGCAGAAAUCGAAAAACGUGAUAGAAAAAUUGACGAACUCACUGCAGAGCUUGAGGAAUACAAAGCCAAAGUGCGAAAAUGCAUUGAAGAGCACAGGAAAGAGGAGGAAAAAAUGGCAAACGUGACGCUGGACCCGGAGACAGCCCACCCUCGCCUCAUCCUCUCCAAGGAUCAGAAGAGCGUGAGAUGGGAAUACAUGCUGCGGGAGUCUCCCGACAGCCCCGAGCGCUUCGACGCCGAUCCUUGCGUGCUGGGUUGCGAAGCCUUCACCUCCGGGAGACACUACUGGGUGGUGGAUCUAGCCGAGGGACAGUACUGCGCCGUUGGGGUCAGCAAAGAGUCUCUGCAGAGGAAGGGACCCAUCAGCUUUAAUCCCGAGGAAGGGAUCUGGGCGGUGCAGCAAUGGGGAUUUAAGAACCGCGCCCUCACCUCCCCUCCGACCCUCCUUAACCUGCCGCGGGUCCCCAGAAAGAUCCGGAUCUCUCUGGACUACGAAUGGGGAGAGGUGGCUUUUUUUGACGUUGAGAACAAAAUACCGAUCUUCACUUUUCCUCCGGCUUCCUUCGCCGGGGAGCGGAUCCGGCCGUGGUUCUGGGUGGAGCUGGGCUCGCUCUCUCUCGUCCGAUGACCCUUGCGUUCCUCCUUACGCCAGGAGCUCAGCACCGGGGGUGAGCGGGUGGCGUGAGGGGCAGGAGGAGUGGUGGAAGCACCUUACUCCAUCCAGACACCAACAGCUAGGUGGUUAAGAGCAGCAGGAUAGAGACCAGGAUAGAAAUGCUCUCGGGAAGAGCAGCGUCAAACCUCGUUCUUCCCCGUUCCCGAUCAAGUGCUCCAACCGUCAUCGUGCAAAGGAAAAGCAGCCCAUCCUGUGCGUCCUCAACGUAAGGUGGCAGAAGGUCUGCCCGGCAACGUCUCGUAGUCGCGGUUCCAGCGUACAGGAACACCAGACGGCCUGCAGAGAGACGCGGGCUCCUCCUUCGGUUGAUGGAGAGAGGUGGGCACCGGGGUAGGUCACUGUUCACGCUGCCUGCAUCACCCGAAUGGGUGUCCAGGCUCCCACCGGCAUUUUCUUUUUGCCAGUUGGUGGCUGACGUUUAGAUUUCAACCAUUUGAGCUGCUUUUAUAGUAGGCAGAGGGAAAUAAGCACUUCUGGUGGGCAACUCAUCCAGACAUAGACAUCAAAAUAGGAUAGGCAAAUCGUGCUUUCCCUGUGCCUAUCUCUCUUCAUCGACUGUUGAAGAAGUCUACGCUCAGAAGAGAUUAAACAGCUCUCCUUCGCCCAACCUGCCUACAAAUUCAGGCCCUUUGCCCUGGGCCAGAGGAAGGAUGUGGCAAACCCUCCGUGGCUCUCCACAGAGCUCCCAGGCGCCUCAACGUCUCACACAGCUGAAGAUGCUCCAGCCACCGUGCUGCUGGUCAAGGCAUUGCUCCCGUAAUCCUUUAUACCAGAGCUGGACGCAGCCAGGUCCUCUGGCAGCACGGAAUUUGACUCAAAUCUGGCCUGGGCAGAUGAUCUUACUCCAGCUGGGUUAGCUAGAGUCCAUGAGUUUAGCUCAGCCUUUGGGAGAAGAGAUAAGCCUGGAUUCAAGACCAAGCUGGCGUGAUGCCCUCCGGUGAAAAUUGGGGUGCCAGACAUCCAGAUCGUAUGGAUUAAAGGUUUGAAGAGGCUCGCACCAGCACGGAGCUCUGCAUCAUGUUACCGUAAAGCUUCCAGUGAGGUACUGGGAGCUCUAAAACUAGGUUCAUGGAGAGGGUCGAGCCAGUGCUUGCGAUCAGCAUGGGGUGAUUAGGGACGUCGCUGAAGCUGCUAGAGGGGACGGACACCAUGGUCUUCACCUUUCCCGACAUCUCACUGCACUUGAAUAGCACCGAUGAAUUCCUCUUUAAUCCCUGCUUGUUCUUAGCCACCUGUAAAGCCUUAAAUCUCAUCUUUUGCCCCACCAUGGGAUGGCCAACUGGUAGUUCCCAGCUGACAAUAAACCACUUGAGAC